AUGCGGCCGCAGCAGAACGCGAACGUGCAGGCCGAGGACAAAAGCCCAGUUUCACGAACCCGAUCCGCGCGCACUGAGCCCAUUGAGGGGACCGACAGCGUGGAGGACGCCUCGGAGGAGUGGGACGAACGGAAUCAGAAGGAGAUCGAGGCGGUGAAGUCGAGGUGCGAGACACGGCUGGGGGAGAUCGUGGCCCAGCUGAAGGCCGCGCAGAAGGAGACCGUGGAGACGUUCACGGACCUCCCACUAGCCCGCGCGGAGGUGCUGCGGCAGCAGACGCUCACCCACAGGGAGCACGCCGAGCGGCUGGAGGACGCGCUGCUGGCCAUGCAGCGGCAGGAGCAGGCCGCGGCCACGGCGUCGACCGACCGGGCCUCGGCCGCCCUGGCCGCCCCGGAGCAGGGCAGCGGAGCCGCCGCGGGUCCGAGCGGCGACGAAAACCUCCAGGCUCUCGAGGAGGAGCAGGACGGCUCCGCCGGGUCCGCGAUCGAGGAGGUGACACAGAUGUCUCCGGAUGGCAUCCAGCCGAACACAAGAAGGACAGAGCUUCACACUUCCAGACGCAGCUCUGGCACGGGACAAGAAGGCCAUCCCGCCGCCGAUAUUGACUUCACCGAAGGAGCUGUUUAA